GAUCUCGUCCUGCACCAGCGCUGACUCGGUCGCAUCCCCUCAUCCAUCCGUCCGUCCGUCCAUCCAUCUGAACAACGGCACUCCACCCAUCGAGAACUACUGCAGCCAUGUCGGGAAACUUCUCCGGCGCACUCGUCCUCACCGACCUCAACGACUAUAUCCAGCCCUCGCAGGCCUGCAUUCUCCCGGUGCCUUCGGCCAGAGCCCCGAGCGGCCCAGCCUCCAGCAGCGCCGAUGACUCCGGCACGGCCAGGACCGAAAUCCGCAUCGACAACACCGGCUCCUACCACGAGGUCUCCCUCAGCGACGGCUCGUCGACCAAGCUGGAGGAGGCUUCGAUCACCCUGAACGACUGCCUGGCUUGCUCUGGCUGCAUCACCUCGGCCGAGUCGGUUCUGAUCACGAUGCAAUCACAUAAUGAGCUGUACUCGGUGCUGACGGAGAACAAGAAGGCCCUCCAGGAAAACCGCCCGCACGACAUCCGAACCAUCGUCAUUUCGCUCUCCCCGCAAUCAAGGGCAUCCAUCGCCGCAAAGCACAGCAUCCUGCCGCUCCAGACUCACCGGAGGCUGACUGCCUUCUUCAAGUCGCUGGGCUGCCACUACGUCUUCGACACUGCCUUUUCCCGGGACUUUAGUCUCGUGGAGUGUUCCCGAGAGUUCGUCCGGCGGUUCAAAGAGAGCCAGCUCGCAUCCGGCUCGUCCAGCGGUGUGCUUCCGAUGCUCAGUAGCGCAUGUCCAGGCUGGAUCUGCUAUGCCGAAAAGACCCACGGCUACAUCAUCCCAAACAUCGACACCACCAAGUCACCGCAGCAGAUCAUGGGCUCGAUCGUCAAGGACUUUUUCGCCGAGAGACUGGGCGUCCCUUCCAACAAGAUUUACCAUGUCUCCGUCAUGCCCUGCUAUGACAAGAAGCUCGAAGCCUCGCGAGAAGACUUUUACAGCGACGUCAUGCGGACCCGGGAUGUGGACUGUGUCAUCACCACGGGCGAGGUCGAGCUGCUUCUGAAGGAGCAAGGCAUCACGGAUCUGUCGCUCGUCCCAGAGGUGCCCCUCGAGCCUGUAUUCACCAAAGCCUCGCAGUCCCCGGACGGCACCCUUGCACUGCUGCACUCGACCGAGGGCUCGUCCUCUGGAGGAUAUUUGUCCUACGUCCUCCGGUACGCCGCAAAGGAGCUGUUUGGCCACAUCCUGACCCCCGUCGACGUCGCCAUGGGCACAAACGGCGUCGAGAUCAAGCCCGGCCGCAAUCUCGACUUUGUCGAGGUCUGCCUCAACCUGCCCGAGAGGGGCGGGGUUGUGCUGCGGUUUGUGGCAGCCUAUGGCUUCCGAAACAUCCAGAAUCUGGUGCGCAAGGUCAAGCCUGCUGCAGCGGGACGCACGGCCGGCGGGGCUGCACGAAGGGUUCGUGGCUCGUCGAGUCAGUCCGAGUUCCACUUUGUCGAAGUCAUGGCCUGUCCUUCGGGCUGCAUCAAUGGAGGUGGCCAGCUCAAGCCCGAGUCCCACACAUCCAGCCAGCUCGCUGACGAGAACCAAGCGGCAACCAAUGGCGUCGGCGCGAGUCGGUCCUGGGUUGCCCAUGUCGAGGAAGUCUAUCGCUCCGUGGGCACCGGGGAAGGUGGCAUCCAGAUGCCCGAGGAGAAUGCUGCCGUCGUGGAGCUGUACAGAGCCUGGCUCGGCGGGCCCGACAGCACCAAAGCCCGGCAGAUGCUCCAUACCCAGUACCGAGCCAUCGAGAAAAAUGACAUCAACCCCCUGGCGGUCAAGUGGUAGUGCUGCCUUCCAGCGAUCCACCCAGCCAUCAGCGCAUCCACAUCAGCUUCUCGAAUCGCUUGGCCUCUGGAAUGCCAUCGACCAAGGAUAUGAGCCAUCGAGCGAAUCAGAAAAUCAGAGAGCACGCAAAGACGCACAUGCAGACUAACGAGCAAGUCAACGGCCUCGAAGAGCAACUCCUUGUCCACACUUUGCUGCUGUAUCGUGGACAUUCCGUCUCCAGCGCAACACUCCACUCCCAGCCAUAUCUGGUCCUGCUUAGUCAUUUGCCCAGCGAUCGCUGUGCGCAUCUGUUUUUGUUGCAUCUGCGGCUGUUUCUCAGUAUCGGCGUCUGUCAGCGAGCCCGCUCAAAGCUCUGUUUCAUCCAUCGCGCUCCACACGGCUGCACUUGCACAAUGUUCAUGUCCUGUGAAACGCCGAGCAUUUGGAGCCGUCACCAAUAGAUUAUCAUUGGACCCAAGUAGUUUACAGUCAAACCAGAAAGAAACGGGAC